AUUUCCCAAACAAAAGAUUGCGGUAAUCCUAAUCAUCAGUCCUAGCCACAACCUUCACAUUAUAAAUUUUAAAUUCAACUGAUAAAUCUUGGUUUUCUGUUUGAAAAUAAUAAUCGAAAUCGAAAUGAUUUGAUGUCGGGUUUUCUUUUCGUUUUUCUCUUAUACCUUCUGCUUCAGCUAUAAUUUCUCUACUUUCACAUUUAUAUUUUACACUUUCGAACGAUUUGUAUGUGGUGUUUUUUGGUUCUUACGGCAGAAAACUGAAGUUAAUAGCCUCGGAAGUGGACUGUAAAAGUUGUGUAUAAUUCAUCUUUUAUUGUGGGGGUGUGCAGUCAAAACUGCUGCAUUAAAUUUAGGGCUUUUGCGGAGAUAGGUGAGGGCCAUUUUAAUGCCAUUUUUAUCCAUCUUAGACUUCUGGGCCUUUAUUGAAUUCACCUUCACCAAUUAAAGUUGUCUAUUUUCAUCUCGAUUCCUUUUCUUAACUCCAUUUAUUGUAUCUUCCAUUGUUGUUAUUGUUAUUAUUUCAUCUUGGGUUUUGUGGCUUUAGGAUAUGUUUGAUGGUCUAAUUAAACUCGUUUCCCUUCUCUUCUCUUCAUUUCAUAAGAUUACAGUUCUUGAAUCGUCAAGUUCUUAUUUAUAUUUAUGGUAACUGGUUUUCAGUGAAGUUCAUUUGCUUAUUUUGGAUUCUUAAUAUUACCCAGAUCCCAAUUUCUAGAUUAAGAUAUAAUUAUUGCAUCUCUUGUUUUAGAUUACUGAGCAGGAUUCAUUUAUCAUUUUUCUCUAGGAUAAAACCCCCAGUAUUUAAUAAAAAUAAAUAAAAAAUCUAGAUGCUGCCCGAUGAAUCCAGUAGCUCUGUAUGGAGUAGAGAGCAGGAUAUGCAAUUUGAAAAAGCAAUAGCAACUUAUCCCGAGGAAUCUUCGGAUAGAUGGGAGAAAAUUGCUGCCAAUGUUUCUGGAAAAUCGCUAGAAGAGGUUAAAGAUCAUUAUGAGCUUUUAGUUGACGAUGUUAAUAGUAUAGAGUCUGGUUUUGUGCCGUUGCCUUGUUAUAAUUCUUCUUCAGAUCGAACAACAAGCAAUGCUGGUGAGGAAGGAAUUUGUAAGAAAGGUGGGAAUUUUGAGCAUUUCAUUUCCAGUAAUGGAGGCAAGGGUUCCAGGCCAGAUCAGGAGCGACGCAAGGGAAUUGCUUGGACAGAAGAUGAACACAGACGGUUUCUUAUUGGCUUGGAUAAAUAUGGAAAAGGUGAUUGGAGAAGCAUUUCCCGGAACUUGGUUGUGACGAGAACUCCUACACAAGUUGCAAGCCAUGCUCAGAAGUAUUACAAUCGUUUGAACUCGAUGAACAAAGAUAGGAGGCGAUCAAGCAUUCAUGACAUCACCAAUGUUGACACUGGUAAUCCUUCAGUGCCCCAUCAUCCAAUCACUGGUCAAACCAACGGCUCACCUGCAGGAGGUCCGUCUGUCAAAUCGAACAUAUCAACACCUCAAACUGCAGAUGGUCCACAAGUUGGCAUGUACGGGGUGCCCACUAUUGGACAACCAAUAGGAGGGCCCCUUGUUUCUGCUGUUGGCACGCCGAUGAAUGUCCGGGUUAAUGAUUCAACAUCAGCACACAUUGCAUAUGGUGUUCCCGGACCAGUGGUUACUGGUGCUCCAGUGAACAUGGUUCCUAUGACUUACACAGUGCCACAGACUUCUACUCAGAGGUGAUCUGUUUGUAUAUGUACAUAUGCUACGAAGAGUGAACCAUAAUGUGCUCCGCAGUUGGCAAUAUGGUAUUUGGUUUUUCAAAUUUAAAUUCAUUAAAGUUCUGUGCAAAUUUGAAUCAAUGCUGUGUAUAAAGGAUACCUUUGUAAACAAGGUUACAAGUGGACUAUUUUUAUUUCAAAUGUUCGCCAAAGAAUUAAGAUUUUGGUUAUUUAGA